AUGUCGGACCCUAAGAAGAAGACGAUCAAGAAGCGCACCAAGACCAAGAGCAAAAAGGUGGUGUUGGUGAAACAGAAAGAUGAACCCAAAAGCGACAACUACAGCUUUGUGAACCUCAGGCGUGUCAGCGUGCCUGCUAAUCGCCUGACUCCUCUGCGUAAUAACUGGGAAUCUAUUGUGCGCACUGUGGUCGAGCACUUGAAGCUCCAGAUCCGCAUGUGCACCAAGACCAAGGUGGUCGAGGUCCGACCUGCUUCCGAGGCUACAGAUUUGUCGUUGCUGCAGAAGGCGCAGGACUACCUACGUGCGUUCAUGCUCGGCUUCGAUAUUAAGGAUGCCGAGGCUCUGAUUCGUCUGGAGGACAUCUUCGUGGAGAGCUUCGAGGUAAAGGACGUCAAGCGUCUGAGCGGCGACCACCUUUCGCGCUGCAUCGGCCGCAUCUCCGGUAAGGACGGGAAGACGAAGCACGCGAUCGAGAACAUGACCCGCACUCGCGUUGUGCUUGCUAACGAUCGCAUCCACAUUAUGGGAAGCUUCAACAGCAUCAAGAUGGCGAGACACUCUAUAUGCAGUUUGAUUCUAGGUAAUCCUCACCUUUUUAUAACAUCCUGGAAUACACGAUGA